UUAGUCAAAAGUCACGAUGAGGCUGAUAUUGACCGAAAGUUUGCGGCACCGUGUCGCUCGUUGCCCGAGAUGUAAUUAUAUUUAUAUCCCGAGGUGGGUCGGCCCCGAAAACCGAACAAUCUCCCGAAACCUUUUUCGUCAAAUUAUCCUCCGUACACGCGUCCUACGCCGAACAUCGAGGAGCCAACCUCGACGAUCGAACAAUCGCAACGUCCCACGAGCCACGAGCAGGAAGCAGGAAAAAAACCAGGAGAAAUGAAAAAGCCAAGCGAAAAACGGCCGGCCUCGCUGAUGUUUCGUUCCAAUUUUCCGCAGAUCCACAGACAAAGUAGCUACUACUCAGCUAAUGACGCCGGGCCGUUUCAAUCCCGGCAAAUUUCUGUUGCGAGGAGGCCUCCUCGCCCGUCAUUGACGAAGUUUCCUUUGUCUCGAACGCGGAGUAAGAGCACGUGCGUGAAAGUUUCUCGGCGGAACGAAACUCGUGCGAGGCAUUCGUACGUUCGUCAAAAGUUCACGGCGGUGGUGACGAGUCUCGUUUCGAGCCUCGGAAAUUUACCGCCCCGCACUUAUCCGGGGGGGGGGGAGACCGAAAACGACGGGGCAUUUGGGUCGCGAGUUUUACCUGACGAUACGACGACGAAGUACGCGUCAUGUGCUACUUUUUUCAGCAGCCAUGUUUUAUCGCCAUCGACCGUGUUCACUCGAUGAAAUCGUCGGCUGUAACAAGCGCACCGCGACGCCAAUUGUAAUACAAUAUCUCCGACGGUGACUCUGGCGUCGUCGAAAGCAUCCCAGCGAACAACGCCGCAACUGGAAGCGACAUCUGACCGGCGGAGUCGGAAAACCGUUCGAUCGAGCUUUUUCGGUGCUUCUCGGCGGGUACAUCUCGGCUGUGCGGUAUUUCACCUCGGACUCGCAAUCGGAACCGGCCGCGGGAAUUCCGCACCGCGUCCGAAGACAAACUGCGAACAAUCGUUUCCGUCUGCUUUCGGAAACGCGAUAUCAGUCGCGGUGUAUACCAUGACAUGGACGGACUCGGUACGAUAACGUGGGAAAAGUUCUUGGAGGACGUCGAAGCCAUCGUGACGACUUCCGACAAGAUCGGUGAUGGAUGGGAACUGGUGGGCGACAAGUCCGUACCCGGCAUGGCGUACAUUUCCAGACAGGUGAAAACACACGUCCCGUGCGACUAUCCGAUCGACGAACCGACAAACAGGGAGGACGUUGAUUGGCUCGAAAAUCUUGAAUCCGGAAUGGCGAAGGACCCUUUCGAAGCGGCUUCGAAAGCCGAGAGGCCUCUGAUCGUACUUCACCACGUUCUGUGGUCCAUUAGCUAUAGCGUGCCGGUUUUGUACUUCAACGGAUGGAAGUCUGAUUUUCCAGGCUGCAAUCCGAUCAGUGUCGAGGUCGCCCAGAAAUUAACGAAAAACGACCAGGUUCUGGGAUAUGCGGAAAUGUCCCAGGCUAUACAUCCCAUCGUAGGAACACCCUUUCUCCAACUACACCCCUGCAAGUCGCAGGAACUUUUGCAACAUUUUUCGAAAAGCUGCAACAAAGUAGUGAGCUGGCUGAGCGCCGCCGCGCCUGCAGCGUUGCGAUAUAAACUACACGAGGAUUAUUACAAACUAACCAUUCGAACCGUUCGAGUGUAACGUGUGAAGUAAAGUUGAAAAUAAAAUUUUUUUUCAACAAAGCGUACCUCGUUUUUAUUACUGUGGAUAUUCAACCUCCGUUGCGAAAAAAUAUCGCCGAGGUAUAGUUUACACCCCUGUGUGUGUGUAUAUACCAGAAGCCAAGCAGCUAUCGAGGUUCUGAAUAGAAUCGAUAUUAAAGUGAGUCCGGAGUCGAGAUAUUCGUGAAAAUUAUUCGCAAUGCGUGUCCGUAGAUUCAGCGAAUUUCGUCCACCUGAAAUUCGACUUUGAGAGAAGAUCGAAUUUUCUCUCAGGUCGACUGCUGUGCGUUUUUUUUUUCUCUUCUUUUACGAAGUCUCUUUUUUUCAGUUUUUUUUUUUUUUUUUUUUUUUUUACAUUCAGCUUUUCCAAAGUCACGAAAGGACGAAAACGCGUCGCGUGUGAGUUUUAACGAGGUGAACGACAGCCGACAAUUAAUACAUUACACCACCUGGCAUCCCCGUUGAAUGAGGCAAGUCGAUCGAUGUAGUGGAAAAUCGGUGACGGUGGGUUUGGUUGGCUUCUUAGAUACCGCGUAGAGUCAAUCAGGAGUUCGGUGGAAAUGGUGAUGAGGACGGAGAGAGAGAGAGAGAUUUCGUUGCUAUGGUAACCGAGUUUGUUGCGCUGCGACCCUGCCGCCGCGUCUGAUAAAAAAGGACGCAAAAGACCGCGCCUCCGUAUUCCAUCGCCGCACCGUCGACCUCCUCGCAUCGCGCGGAGGGGAGAAGCGGAAAAAUUGGGAAUACGGGCGUGCGGAGAGAAAAAAAAAAAAAAAAAACAAAAAAAACACAGCGGAACAAACGAAAAAAACAUCUCGACGGUUCGAAGCGAAAAUCGCAAAACGGCGUGUCCGACGUCCCGAAAAGGUGUGGAAAACCCCGAAACGAUACGCGCCACGGAAUUUCGACCGAAUCAAACGCGUCCUCCGUUACACGCAUAAUGUAAAUAUAUUUAUAGCGUCUGCAUAUAUAUGCUCAGGUACCCGUGCUGAAAUUGAGCAAUUGAGAAUGAUUACAGUAAUUGGCACUUGAACAUUGCAAUUUGCGUUCGAAUGGUAUGUACGAGUCUAACUGAAACCGGCUGACUCAGAAAUGCAGACGACGAUCAGCGAACGACCCUCAUCCCCCUCCGAUGAACGAAAAAAAAACUUUCUGCCCGCCAAAAAAACAAAGACAACGCAAAAGUGUACCAUAUACGCGCGCACCCACCCAUCAUCCAUCCAUGAAUUCGUCACGUUUGAUACCGACGUCGAAUUUGCGAUGCGAAGUGCGAGAUGAUGAAAAAAAAAAAAAAAAAAAAUGGCGGGAAAUAAAAUAAUCGGGGUAUCGGCGAAGUGGUCGAAGGAGUGAUACCCGGCUGCUAUGCGGGGGCUGGCGGUCGUCGUCCGUCCGUCCGUCGUACUCACGAUCGGUGGCUUCGAGGCCCGCAACGCACACACAUCGAACUGCCCGCGCGGCGCGCACAACCCAACGGCAUCACCUCGUCUCUUGGUAGUCGCGGACUCCUGUCCCACGAUCAGUGUUCCUCGUCGCGUGGGACACCAGAGUUGCGCCACAAGUGGUGGAGGCAGGUUCCCGCCAGGUGUUCCUCACGUACGAAAGACGCUCCGUUUCGAAGUAA